AUGCCAGGACGUAAGACUACUUUGGCCAAUGCUAUAUAUAAGCAUCUUUCAAUUGAUACAUGCUUUGGGGUUCGUGCAUGGGGUAACUUAUCCCAAGUUUACCAGAAAGAGACCUUGUUGUACAGUAUAUUAGAUCAAGUGCAUGCCAAUCCAAGCCACGACAUCAGUGGAAAAGAUGUUGGUCAUAGGCUUUACCAAAGUUUAAAGCGUAGAAGGUACCUAAUCAUGUUAGAUAAUAUAUGGGAUACAGAGACCUGGAAUGGUUUACGUUCAAUUUUUCCUGAUGACGAGAAUGGGAGUAGAAUUUUAUUUACUACUCGAAGCCAUGGCGUUGCAACACAAGCCAACAAUUUUCCUUAUGCUUUUCAUCUACUCUCCAACAAAGAGAGCUGUGAAUUGCUAUGGCUAAAGCUAUUUAAUGGAGAAACUUGUCCUCGGGAAUUGUCAAGUAUCUCAAAGCGCAUUGCCUGCAGUUGUAAAAGGCUACGACUUGCAAUGGUUCUGAUAGCGGGAGCUCUGAACAGGACAAAGAAAGAAAAAGAUUCUUGGGAAAAGGUUGCUAGAACCUUCAUCAGGUCGCAAAGCAUACAGGAACAAAUCUGGGACAUCUUAGAAGGAAGCUACAAGCUUUUACCAGAUCACUUGAAUCCAUGCUUUUGGUACUUAGGAACAUUUCCAGAGGGCACAACAAUUUUUGUAUCCAAACUGAUAAGGUUGUGGAUUCCUGAAGGAUAUAUACAUCAGCCAAAUUCGGGCCAGAAGAGCUUAAUUCAGGAGGCAGAGAGUUGCUUGAAUGAUCUAAUUGAUAGAAGCCUCGUACUGGUUACCAGAUAA